GGUGUGCAGAAAUGGGCGGGGUGAAGCUUAGACGUGUAGGCUGGUGCUCCGGUUAAGGACUGAACAUGGCGUCCGCCUUCCGUAGGUCUAUUGCCUGCCAGCUUUCCAGAGUGUUGGAUCUUCCUCCAGAAAACUUGAUCAAGUCAAUAUCUGCAGUUCCAGUUUCAAAGAAAGAAGAAGUAGCUGAUUUUCAGCUUUCUGUAGAUUCUUUAUCAGAAAACAACAAUGGCUAUUCAAGACCAAAUAUUCAAGAGAAAGCCCUGAGACUGGCAGAAAAGCUACAAUGUGAUACAGUAGUGAGUGAAAUCAGUGCUGGCCAAGGAACUGUAAAAUUCAAAAUUAACAGAGAACUAUUAACAAAGACAGUGUUACAACAAGUAAAAGAAGAUGGUUCAAAGUAUGGAUUUAGAAGUGAACUCUUCUCUGGUCUUCCUCAGAAAAAGAUUGUGGUUGAAUUCAGUUCACCUAAUGUUGCCAAGAAAUUUCAUGUUGGACAUCUGCGUUCUACCAUCAUAGGAAAUUUUAUAGCGAAUCUCAAAGAAGCUUUAGGACAUCAGGUAACACGAAUGAAUUACCUUGGAGAUUGGGGCAUGCAAUUUGGUCUUCUGGGGACAGGCUUCCAACUGUUUGGCUAUGAAGAAAAACUCCAGUCCAAUCCAUUACAGCAUCUUUUUGAAGUGUAUGUCCAAGUUAAUAAAGAAGCAGCAGAGAAUGAAAGUAUAACAAAGUCAGCUCAUGAGUUCUUCCAGCGAUUGGAGCUGGGUGACAUGCAAGCACUUGGGCUAUGGCAAAAAUUUCGGGACUUGAGUAUAAAAGAAUACAUUCGGAUGUAUGAGCGUCUAGGAGUACACUUUGAUGAAUACUCAGGAGAAUCAUUUUAUCAUGAAAAAUCUCAAGACAUCUUAAAGUUGCUGGAUAGCAAAGGACUUCUACAGAAAACAAUAAAAGGAACAACUGUAGUGGAUCUCUCUGGGAAUGGUGACCCCUCCUUUCUGUGUACUGUAAUGCGAAGUGAUGGUACUUCUCUCUACACAACCAGAGACCUUGCAGCUGCUAUAGAUCGAAUGGACAAGUAUAGUUUUGAUGAAAUGAUUUAUGUGACAGAUAAAGGACAAAGAAAGCAUUUCCAGCAAGUCUUCCAGAUACUACAGAUGAUGGGAUAUGACUGGGCCAGUAGGUGCCAGCAUGUCCCCUAUGGAGUAGUACAGGGGAUGAAGACACGAAGAGGAGAUGUUACUUUUCUAGAAGAUGUUUUAGAUGAGAUUCGACUGAGGAUGCUCCAGAACAUGGCUUCUGUCAAAACAACCAAAGAACUAGAGAAUCCACACGAGAUAGCAGAGAGAGUUGGACUUGCAGCUCUUAUUAUUCAGGACUUCAAAGGUUUAUUGUUAUCUGAUUAUCAGUUCAGCUGGGAUCGAGUUUUCCAAAGUCGUGGGGACACAGGAGUCUUCUUGCAGUACACACAUGCCCGCCUGCAUAGUUUGGAAGAGACAUUUGGAUGUGGUUAUCUCGAUGAUUUCAACACUGCUUGCUUGCAAGAGCCAGAGUCUAUUUCAGUUCUCCAGCAUCUUCUCAGGUUUGAUGAAGUGCUUUAUAGAUCAUCUCAGGACCUUCAACCCAAACAUAUUGUCAGUUACCUUCUAACUCUGAGUCAUCUUGCGGCUGUGGCACACAAAACACUACACAUAAAAGACAGUCCUCCUGAUGUGGCUGGGGCCAGACUACAUCUUUUCAAAGCUAUCUGUUCUGUCCUAGCCAACGGAAUGAAACUUCUCGGAAUAACACCUGUAUGUAGGAUGUAACUUCUUAUUAAAAUGGUUUUUUUUUUCAUUUUAUUUAAUGUAAAUAUAGCUCCCAUAUGAAAUGUCUGUAUUUUAACUUAAAGAAUAUAAUAAACACUGUCAUUGACUGCUGUCAAUUGCAAAAUGCAAUUAACAUGACACACUGACAGUCUUCUAUUAAUCAACCUUGUUUGCUAGACACUCACUUUUAUUUUUAUUAGUGAUUUUAUAAUGAUUAACAAGAUUGUAAGGUAACAGGGGUACAAUUCCAUACAGUUCCCACCACCAGAGUUUUGUGCCCCAUCCCCUCCUUUGGAAGUUUCCCUAUUCUUUAUCCUUCUGGAAGUAUAGACCAAAAUUCUUUAUGAGGUGCAGAAGGUGAAAGGGAGCUGUAUUUACAUUAGAUAAAAUGGAAGAAAAGGAAAAUAUAUUUCCUGAAUGUAAAAAAAAUGCUCUGAAAUCUGUAGCAGUCUCACUGUACAACCUUUGAUUCUAAAUGUUAUUUUCAAAUGAAAUCUAAAGAGCAAGACCUUGGAUAGUAAGACACACAGCUUGAUUUUAUGUUUAUUUAUAAUUCUGUGUUUUCUCAAAAUACAAAGUCAUCAAUAUUGUUAAUAAAUAUUAAUUACUAUA